UCUAUUCUUAGGCCACGAAAAGCCUACAAACUAAUGAAUGAAAGAUUGUCUCUGUCACUUUCAGGUACAUUCUCAACUGCUGUAACUAUCUUCAACAAUGGCUACCAAUUCGGUUUUAUCAUCUUCCUUUCGAUUUGUCACUACCACAAUCCCUCUCUCCCUCUCUCCCUCUUCCCCAAAACCCCAACUUUCCUUCCUUCUCUAAGAAAAACUCUCUUCUCUAAAUCCAUCACCUUCCAGAGACUUCCAUCAUCAUCACCACCGCCGCCGCCGCCAUCAUCAUCGUCAUCAUCAUCACCGUUGCCAUCAUCCAAUUCCCUUCAACCCAUCGAAGACCUUCCCCCGAAGCUCCAAGAAAUCGUCCACCUUUUCCAAUCCGUCCACGAACCCAAGGCCAAAUACGAACAGCUCCUCUUCUAUGGCAAAAACCUCAAACCCCUCGAGCCCCACUUCAAAACCAACGACAACAAGGUCCAAGGUUGCGUCUCCCAGGUCUGGGUCCGAGCCUACCUCGACCCCAACCGCGACGUCGUCUACGAAGCCGACUCCGACUCCGUCCUCACCAAAGGCCUCGCCGCGUUGCUCGUUCAGGGCCUCUCGGGUCGACCCGUUGGUGAAAUCAUUCGGGUCACGCCAGAUUUCGUCACGCUGUUGGGGUUGCAGCAGAGCCUGACCCCCUCGAGGAACAACGGGUUUUUGAACAUGCUUAAAUUGAUGCAGAAAAAGGCGCUUAUGCUGUACGUGGAAGCUGAAAGGGGUGGUGAGUUCACUGAAUUGAAGUCACCCGAGUCGAAUUCUGAUAGCAUUGUUGAAAAUCCUUCAAGGGGUGGAGAAAGUUCUGAACUUGGUGAGGGUGAUGUUGGUUUGGAUUCUGAGGGUGGUGUGGAAUUGGGAGGGAGGGGGAAGAGUAUAAGGGAGAAGUUGCAGAAGGAGCUUGAGCCUGUUGAGUUGGAGGUUGAGGAUGUGUCUUAUCAGCAUGCGGGGCAUGCUGGGGUUAGAGGGAGUGAUGGAGAAACGCAUUUCAAUGUUAGAGUUGUGUCUAAGGAGUUUGAAGGGAAGAGUUUGGUUAAGAGGCAUAGGCUUAUUUAUGGCCUUCUGCAAGAGGAGCUGGAAACUGGAUUGCAUGCCUUGUCUAUCGAGGCGAAGACGCCGGCUGAAGUUGAAGGAUGAGAGUUCAUUAGGCUGCAAGAGAGGUCAAGGUUUUCUGAGUUUUGUUUGUUGAACCAUAAUGGUGCUCGGUAUUGUUAGAAGGGUUAUUGUGAACAAGUCCCGUGCCAUUGUUACCUAAAUUUCUCUGCAAACGGAGGAUUUAACUAAGGUUCCCCAUAUAUCAGAAGAUGUAAAGGCGAUGGUCAGAUCAGAUGCAAAGGUUUUAUUGGAAAGAUGUUCCCUACUAUUUCUUGUCCUGUUGGAAAGUCAUAUGCAGAAUUGACUCUAGAAUUCAACCUCAAACAUAUGGUUGUUGAAGACUAAUAUAUAGUUUCUACCUCUAUGGUAGAGGUGGUGCCACCAAGUGGAUGGUUGUCAGAAUUGGAAACCAAAGUGAUCAAAAAGUCAAAUAGAUCAGUGGCUAUAACUGCAGAGGUCAAAUCCUCUU